AUGCCCAAACUGACACUUUAUCGAGCAAAUGGAUCCUGCUCCCUUAUUCCUCAUGCGAUCCUUCGUCACUACCAGAUCCCCUUUACCGCAGUUCGACUCAAGUUCGGACCCAAUGGAGCCGAAGCAGCUGAUGGAAGCUUCACCAACGCUCAAUAUCGGUCUAUUCACCCAAGAGGAUAUGUACCCGCCCUGGCUGUAGACAACAAAGUCAUCACCGAGAUGCCAGCUAUUCUGAGCUACAUAUCCUCACUUCUCCCCAAAGAGAACCUUUUAGGCAUUGACCCAGUUGAGCAAGCUAAGGUCCUGGAAUGGCUUGUCUUUCUGUCUGGCACACUGCACGGUCUUGGAUAUGGAGCUUGGUUGCGUCCUGGGAGGUUCAGUGAUGAUGUUACUGCCCAUGAUAAGAUUCGUGCCAAGGGAAGGGAAGUUAUCCAUGAGUCUUUCAAGAGGAUAGAUGAUGGGUUGAAAGAAAGGAAGUUUAUUGUCGGAAAUGCGUUAACUGUUGUGGACUUCAAUGUCUAUGUUUUUGCUCGUUGGGCACAUGAGGUAGAGAUUGAUCUUAAGACGGAAUAUGGGCAUUACUAUGAGCAUGUUAGGAAGACUGAGAACAUGGAGGGUGUUAUGGAAGCUGUUGAAGCCGAGGGACUCGAGUUUCUCUUUCCAUAG